AAGUUGUUAUCACAAAGCCAGUAACCAUUGAAGAGAGCGGAAACAGGUGAAAGAGAGAAAAGAUAUACACAUGGAGAAAGCACUCAACAGACAGAGAAUUUUGCUUCAUCAUUUACGACCCUCUUCUUCUUCUUCUCAUCAAUCCUUUGACUCUGCUGCUGCUGCUGCUCUCUUUCCUUCAAUUUGUGCUGCUGGGGAUGGUUCUGCUUAUCACCGGACGGCUGCUUUUGCCAAUGAUGUUGUGAUUGUGGCGGCAUGCCGCACUGCAAUUUGCAAGGCAAAGCGUGGAGGCUUCAAGGAUACACCCGCAGAUGAUUUACUUGCCCCUGUAUUGAAGGCUUUGAUAGACAGAACAAAGUUGAACCCAAGUGAAGUGGGGGAUAUAGUUGUCGGAACAGUUUUGGCACCUGGCUCACAAAGAGGAAUAGAGUGUAGGAUGGCUGCAUUCUAUGCUGGUUUCCCUGAUACAGUGCCUAUUAAGACUGUCAACAGGCAAUGUUCAUCUGGCCUACAAGCAGUUGCCGAUGUUGCUCUUUGCAUAAAAGCAGGAUUAUAUGAUAUCGGCAUUGCUGCUGGAUUAGAGAGCAUGACAACUGAUAAAGUUGUUCCUGGGGUUAGCAAAGUUAACCCACAGGUAGAGAGCUUUGCCCAGGCCAGGGAUUGUCUUCUUCCUAUGGGCAUUACUUCUGAAAAUGUUGCACAGCGCUAUGGUGUGACACGGCAAGAGCAAGACCAGGCUGCUGUUGAAUCUCAUAGGCGUGCUGCUGCUGCAACAGCCUCUGGUAAAUUCAAAGAUGAAAUUAUCCCUGUAUCUACUAAGAUUGUGGAUCCCAAAACUGGAGAAGAGAAGCCAGUCACAAUUGUGGUGGAUGAUGGAAUCCGCCCAAACACAAACAUGGCAGAUCUAGCAAAGUUGAAGCCUGCAUUUAGAAAGGAUGGGGCCACGACUGCUGGAAAUGCUAGCCAGGUAAGUGAUGGUGCAGGAGCGGUCCUCCUUAUGAAGAGAAGUUUGGCUAUGCAGAAAGGACUCCCGAUCCUUGGGGUAUUCAGAAGUUUUGCUGCUGUUGGUGUGGAUCCUGCUGUGAUGGGCAUUGGUCCUGCUGUUGCCAUACCAGCUGCGGUUAAGUCUGCUGGUAUUGAGCUUGCUGAUAUAGACUUGUUUGAGAUAAAUGAGGCAUUUGCAUCCCAGUAUGUAUACUGUUGUAAGAAAUUGGAGCUUGAUAGUGAAAAGGUCAAUGUUAAUGGAGGUGCAAUAGCCCUUGGGCAUCCCUUGGGUGCUACAGGUGCUCGCUGUGUCGGAACUCUAUUAUACGAGAUGAAGCGUCGUGGCAAGGACUGUCGCUUUGGAGUGAUCUCAAUGUGCAUAGGCAGUGGAAUGGGGGCUGCAGCUGUUUUUGAAAGAGGAGACUGUGUUGAUGAAUUCUGCAAUGUUCGAGCUGUCAAAUAUAACGAGUUUCUAUCCAAGGAUGCUCGAUAGAUAGAUAUGUUUGUUGGUAUCUUAUUAUUUGUAUUCAAUAUGACUCAACAUAUCCCCAAAAUUAGAUAAUUGUCAGCCGGUCAAACCUGCAUAUUGGAAAUCAAAAUUAAGCUAUCUGUGCAAUAGCUCAAGAAUGUGGCUGGGCAAAAGUACUCUUUUGCUUACAGGUGAUUUGAAUAUGUAUCGAUUCUGUAAUGUCGUCCUGUGAUUGUGAUUGGAAUACGUUUCUAUUUUCUAUAUCCUGUGUCAUUUGAGAA